GAUUGAAAUAACCUUUCUCUCUCCUUUAUCAAACCUUGAUUGUCCUUCCGUCCAUCGUGGCACUUCUCCUCGCCUCCGAACGAAGCCCGAUCCAUAGGCCUCCGAGAGACCAUGCCUCAAGUAUCCGGGUCCCAAGUUAAACCCAAUAACACGAGUGGUAAAGAGGCGAGUAAAAUCGUUUCAGGUAAAAAAGACCUCUUUCUGUCUUUCCUCUCUCUCUCUCUUUCACGCUUCUUCCUGUGUGCUAAUCGUGUUCUUCCCCGACGAUCAUCCAAUCCACCGUCUCCACCAAAAUCUCACCUCGACCGAUCGAAACUACACCGAACAACUUCGGUGGUAGUUAUUUCUUGAGCCGUGGUGGACGGUGGUUGCCGCAGAGCAGAGAGAGAGAGAGAGAGAGAGAGAGAGAGAGAAGAGAGAGAGCAGAGGGAAGAGGAUAAGGGGACAGGGAGGGAUGGCAGGAUACCGAGCGGAGGACGACUACGACUACUUGUUCAAGCUAGUGCUGAUCGGGGACUCCGGGGUGGGCAAGUCCAACCUCCUCUCCCGCUUCACCCGCAACGAGUUCAACCUCGAGUCCAAGUCCACCAUCGGCGUCGAGUUCGCCACCCGCAGCAUCACCGUCGACACCAAGGUUCUCAAGGCCCAGAUUUGGGAUACCGCCGGCCAAGAGAGGUAUCGUGCCAUAACAAGUGCUUAUUAUCGGGGAGCAGUAGGCGCACUGCUCGUCUAUGAUGUUACCAGACGUCCUACAUUUGAGAAUGUUUCACGUUGGCUAAAAGAGUUGAGGGACCACACAGAUCCUAACAUAGUUGUCAUGCUCAUUGGGAAUAAGUCCGACCUCCGACACCUUGUCGCUGUUCCGACCGAAGACGGCAAGGCUUAUGCUGAGAGGGAAUCCCUAUAUUUUAUGGAAACAUCUGCAUUAGAAGCAACAAAUGUGGACAAAGCAUUUCAAGAGGUCUUGACUCAGAUAUACCGUAUUGUGAGUAAGAAGGCAGUCGAAGCAGGUGAUGAUGCAACAUCUUCUGUACCUAGUAAAGGUGAGAGAAUAAACGUGAAGGAUGAUGCUUCUACACUGAAGAAACCCAGCUGCUGUUCAAGUUAGGUAACACUAGUGUUGCCCAGUGGUUGCUUUCUCUCUCUGAUGCAUGUUUUAGUUUGAGUAAUGUCUGAGAUUGCUUUUUUUCUUUUGAGAUUAGCAAUUCUGGAUAUGAACUUGAAUAGACUGAGGUUUUGUUAUUUUAAUAUCUGCAAGUAUAGUCUGAUAUUCCAAUUGUUGAGACUAAGGCUUAACUAUGGUGCAAUCUAGAAUGAGCCGACUAAGCAAACAGUCUCUAUUCUAUUGUAGUGAUGGUUCAUUUCAGUAAAUGCUCUUUUGAUAGUGUGAUAAAUGUUAUUUGUAU